UACGUCGAUCGAUUGAUUGUAAUCUGAUUGAGAUCGGGGCUCAAAAAUGUUCACCCGAACGCCCUUUGCCGCAAACGGCAAAAAAUUGCGACGCAAACGGCGCAAUUUUUCAAAAUAGGGUGAAUUUAAAACAUGAAUAACAAAUUCCCAAAUUGCACCGUCAUUUUGAUUUUGUUCCCAAAAAAUCGGGAAUGAAAAGGAGUCCUAGUGGAUUUACUUUUCUAGCACACGAACUGAUAAUUUAAAAAAUCUAAAAAUAAAAAAAGGUUUUUUGCCCUAUCACCCCUGUAGACGACCGGCCUCCUAGACUAGCGAACCUAGCGUGGAAUCCUGAAACCACUUAGUAAACACCCGCCGUUUUCCCCUACAGAGACUGGCACGGCGAUCGUGUACCUUGCUAUUAUAUCGUGCUAAUGUAUUCAGUAUUCACUACCUAUUUUGUGGCAGCAGGGAUCUUGGCCGUGUAACAUACAGUGAGGAUACUGUUUGCUAUCUCUUUGGGAAACGCUAUAGGAUUAUUAGCCUUGAUGAAAAUUCAACUCUAUGAAAUUUUUCCCUAUAAAGUGUAUAAACUAGUACCCAGAACAAGUUCAUAGAGACGCUCUUGACGAAUAAAAUUUGGUAGUGCUAUCAACUUCAAAAUAAAUGUCGCAGAACGCUUCAGGUUCGUCAUCAACAAACUACUCAAAUGCACAGAAUUCGAGUUCAACCAGUGGAGGAAAUAACGAGAACCAGGUUCUUACAAGGAGCAGACUUCAAGACUUGGUUAGAGAAGUAGACCCCAAUGAGCAGUUAGAUGAAGAAGUUGAGGAGCUAUUGUUGCAAAUUGCUGAUGAUUUCAUUGAGUCUACAGUGAAUGCUUCUUGCCAACUUGCCAAACACAGACAAGCUACUGCGCUAGAUGUGACUGAUGUUCAGAUGCAUUUAGACAAUGGAAUAUGUGGAUUCCUGGCUUUGGAACAGAUGAGCUUAGGCCGUAUAAAAGGGCGCCUGUAACCGAAGCUCAUAAACAACGAAUGGCUUUAAUAAGGAAGCAAAUGAAAAAAUUUUAAAUUCCUGUGGAUCGAUUUUGUGAGCAAGGUGAAUAAAAAUGUAUGACUUUUA